AUUUGGUGCCACCGAGUCCCCUUCCACGUCGAUCUAUACCGUGCCGCAGCACUUUACAUCACUGCCAGCAGCACGCGCUUCCAAAUCAACACCGUCGCCAUCUUUCAGAAGCAAGCGGUACCUUGUACCACGUCGCUAAGGGGAAGCAUCAAUAGCCUCCAGAUAACCACAUACGCACACGGGAUUGGUAAGCGCCCCUCCUGGCGUUCACCAUCCCCAGCAUUGCGUGCAUUCAGACCCUAAUCGCCUCUGCAUGGCAGGCCCAAACGACCUCUUCCUAAGUUUCGCCGAAGCAAAGCUCCUCCACCUCGCCACCCUCUUUCUCCUCGUCGAACGAAGCGACUCGGCUCGAAGAGCGCAUCGCUGGGAUUGCUGGUACUUGCGUGCCAUCUUUCUUACAAACGCACCCACUGCUUUCCUUCUCGCACACAACCUCUACAGAAUACUUCGCCCAUAAUGUCGCACGUCGUGGUAUUCAACUCGUACGCGAGAUCAUUCAAGAUUCCCACUACGCCUACAAAGUAUUUGACUCAGGUGCGGGAUGAGGCGUGCCAGAAGUUUGGUGUCAACAAGGAUCAGUUUACAUUAAAAUACAACAACAAGCCUAUAUCACUCUCCCAGCAGAUACGCCUUGCGAACCUCCCCCAGGGCGCCCGGUUAGAGCUCGUACAAGCAUCACGAUCACCUACUGUCAUAUCUGUAGCCCUUCAGCUGCCAGCGACCGAGAAGAAUGUACGUCUUACAAAUAAGUUCGCGAGCAACACCUCGUUGUGGGAGAUUCUACGCCAUUUCGAGAGUAGCCCAGGGACCAACUACAACUUUACCCAGCGCGGUAUUCCUGAGAUGAGUGGUGCAUCCGGUGCCGGAAGGUUACAUUAUGAGCAGCCCGUCAUAACCGUCAUGCCUGGUCACAAAGAGCAGUCGAGCUUUGUCGAACUACAACAGACACUCAGCCAGUUGGGUUUCGACAGCGGAUCAGCUCUGCUGAAACUGUCGUACAGAAAUAGCGGCACCCCGCUAGAAGAAGCUAUGGCGCAAAUAUCACAGUAUUUUAAGCCCAGCGAGCCUUCCGCUGGAGCAGAGGGGGCACAUGCUUCAACAAUCAGUCAAUUAGCCUCGAUACCGGACCCGGCUCAAGCCGCUCCUGAGGCAACAGAAACUGUCGCUGGUGAGACCGUGCGCAAUGACGAGCCUGAUCCAGAGCCGAUGGAUGUUGAGCCGAAAACUGCAGCUCAGCCUGCACAGAAACAGGAGGUAUCGACAGAGAAAUACGCAGCAGAGAGCAUCGAGAACACCUCUCCAGCUGCAGCCCUAGCAGCAGCAACGUCAACAGCUUCAUCUGUGCCAAUACAGCCCUCUCAACCUUCGUCACAACCUGCCCAAGAUACAUCACAGCCGGCCGAAAAGUCUCGCAAUGUCCAAAUCUUCUCUGCACCAACUUCGUCGACUCCACAAGCAGCACGGAAUGCCUUCAACGAGAGCGACUACCUUCCGACCAUCGAACACGCAAAAGCACACCAAAAUGCGCUCCUAAAUAAGACUAAGAAUACUCGCCUACUCUCUGACAAGGAACUCGAAGAGCAAGAAAAAGAGAGGCAGGCCAAGAUUGCAGCAGCAGCUGAGAAGGGUGGUUCAUUGCGGAUACGCAUGCCCGAUGGUGCGCUUAUUCAGAUGUCUUUUAACAAGAACGAUACUGCAGCUGGUCUCUACGACUUUGUUCGCGAUUUCUUAGAGAAGAAGAAUGAGCCCUUCCAACUCAAGAAUACAGGCCCAACAGGUCGUCUAGUUCUAAUCCCACGAGACGACAAGCGGCUAGUACAGGAUCUGCGUUUCUUCAACAACGAACUCGUCACAUUCCAAUGGGCCGAGAACGCAAGCGCAGGGACAAGGGCGAGUCGGCAUGUACUUGCGUCGGAGUGGCAGGCAAAAGCUCAAAUGUUGAAAGUUGAGGAGCCCGCGCGCGAAGACCUGGUCCAGCCGCAAUCAAAUCAAUCUCAAGGAGGGUCUGUGACUGAGGGCAAGAGGAAAGCGAACAUGAGCAACGAGGAGAAGGAGAGCAAGCUCAAGAAUCUGCUUGGAAAGGGAUUGUUCAAGAAGAAAUAGAAGGGUUCCUUUACGCGGCAUUCUGUAUGGUGUUUGUUGUUUGGAUUAGCGAAAGAGUUGUGAAUAAGACAUGAUUUUCUAGCCCAUCAGAUCUUCGUGACUGACUUUAAGG